CGGUUGGGUUUCUGUGGCGAAGAGACGCGGCGGCGGCGGCCAUGAACGGGUUCGGCGUCGAAGCGGCCCAGCUCCGGAACCCCGGCGGCGAAACCGUGGAGAAAAUUGACCUGUCGCUGGAUGAUAUCAUUCGGCUUAACAAGAAAGAAGAGCGGAAGCAGUACUCCCCCCAGAUGAAGAGAGGCAUUCAGCAGAACGGCACAUGGCAGUUCAGAAUGAGACGGCCCAAAUGGGGAAUCCAGGAGUACACUGGUUUCGUGAAGAACCGCUUGGGACGCCGAAGGAGAACGGCCGGGAAGCGACGCACUUACGCCGUUAAAACCGGCUUGGCGGCGAGGAAGAUGUUGGGAUCGCACAGAGGCAUCAGCCCCUUGAACAGACCCCCCCUCAGCGAAAAGAACGUCCAGCGGAACUACUCCGUCUUGAAAAGGAAGAUGAUGGCCCAGAGGCAGCCUGAGCUGCCAAGGAAGCAAGGGGCUGUUCUCUGGAGGUCCAGCCUGCUGAACAGAAGGAGAAGGCGACUCGGGCGACUCGGGCGUAAGCCAAUUAGCUGCUUGUUGUCUGGGAAACCAAACCUUCAGCUUCAAAGCACGCCUUCAAAGAUCUUCGACUUCAAAGCAAGCUGA